AUGGCUGAUAUUUACUGUUCAGAAUGUAAACGGCCGACGGAAGUGGUGUUCGACCACUCAGCCGGCGACACCGUGUGCUCGGAGUGCGGCCUGGUUCUGGAGGCGCACUCCAUUGACGAGACCUCGGAGUGGAGAACUUUUGCGAAUGAGGCCGGGGAUAGUGACCCGGUCCGUGUAGGUGGGCCGAAUAAUCCGUUGCUGGGUGAUAGUGGGCUUUCGACGGUGAUUUCGAAGCCCAAUGGGUCAACGGGUGAGUAUUUGAAUUCGUCGUUGGGUCGGUGGCAGACCCGUGGGUCGAACCCGGAUCGGUCUCUCAUUCAGGCGUUCAAGACUAUUGCUACCAUGGCUGAUAGGUUGGGUCUUGUUGCAACCAUAAAGGAUCGAGCAAAUGAAAUAUAUAAGAAGGUAGAAGAUCAAAAGCCUCUUAGAGGACGAAAUCAAGAUGCUAUUUUGGCUGCGUGCAUCUACAUUGCUUGUCGACAAGAGGAUAAGCCACGUACUGUAAAAGAAAUUUGUUAUGUGGCCAAUGGAGCCACCAAAAAGGAGAUUGGUCGAGCUAAAGAGUUCAUUGUGAAACAGCUGGAGAUCGAAAUGGGCCAGUCUAUGGAGAUGGGAACAAUUCAUGCAGGGGAUUUUUUGAGACGUUUUUGCUCGCAUUUGGGCAUGACCAAUUUAGCUGUCAAAGCUGCUCAAGAAGCAGUACAAAAAUCAGAAGAGCUGGAUAUAAGGAGAAGCCCCAUAUCCAUAGCAGCUGCAGUGAUAUACAUAAUAACUCAACUCUCAGAUGACAAGAAACUUCUCAAAGAUAUUACACUGGCCACAGGAGUAGCAGAAGGCACGAUUCGCAAUUCAUACAAGGAUCUCUAUCCGUACACUUCAAGAAUAGUACCAAGUUGGUAUGCGACAGAGGAUGCCCUCAGGAAUCUUUCCAGCCCUUGA